CUCUUCUCCCUUUCCGUGUCAGCCAUUUCUGAGAGCAGGAUUGUCGCUAACGUUCAUAACAAAUCAAAAUGCAGAACGAUGCUGGUGAAUUCGUGGACUUGUACGUCCCUCGCAAAUGCUCUGCGAGCAACAGAAUCAUCGGCGCUAAGGACCAUGCUUCCAUCCAGAUCAACAUCGCAGAGGUUGACAAGGUAACAGGCCGGUUCAAUGGCCAGUUCAAGACCUAUGCCAUCUGCGGGGCUAUCCGGAGAAUGGGAGAGGCAGACGACUCCCUUCUGAGGCUGGCGAAGAAUGACAGCAUUGUGUCAAAGAACUUCUGAAUCACAGGACAUCCUGCUGCUGUUUCUUUGUAAAAUAAAAAAGUUAAAGCGAA